AUGAAGAAGGCAAAUUUGGUUUAUGUUGAUGAAAAAGAUAAUGAAAUUAAAGAAAGGGUUGAAUGGUAUCAUGAAUGGACAUCAAAGAUUUUAAAAACUAAAGCCGAUACAGGAUGGGUUUCAGGAUGUUUAGACCUUAAAGCGGAUAAGGAAUAUGUUAACGAUGAGUUAAAUAAGAAAGCAGAUAAGGAAUAUGUGGAUAGUGAGUUAAAUAAGAAAGCUAAUAUAUCAUUUGUUAAUGAAGAAAUAAAACAAUCAGAGGUCUAUUUUACUCCACCAUUUUUAAAUUUUAUGAAAUCAUCAGAUAAAACCUUUGAUAUAGAUUCUUUUGAAUGGAUAUGUUUCGAUGGAGUGACCAUGUAUUUAUUUUAUACAGCUGGAGUGCUUUAUUAUUUUAAAACAAAUGAUUUUCAAAACUAUGAAUCAUUUACUCCAUCUGUUUUGAAUCCUGAUACACGAAAGCCAAUCAUUAAUCCAAGAAUUUUAUAUGUUGAAUAUAAUAACGGUAAAUUUAUGGGAAUGAUAACGGUUGAAGAUGAUUUUUGCCCUUGUUAUUCAUUCGAUUGUAUCCAAUGGUUCAAAUGUAA